UGUGUCAGCAGACGAUAAUUUUCAUUUCAAAAUUAAUUUUAUUGGUCCUUAGAAUCACGUGUCAUUGCAUGAUUUAAAAAUCUUCGGCUAAUUUUUUGUAGUGGAUUUUACAUUUUUUAAAAAUAUUUCCAUUCUAAACUAAUCUAAAAUCAUUAAGAUGAUUUCGACAGAUUCAUCUUUUAUAUUUUCAAAUAAUGAAAUAAUUAUCAAUUGGAAUGACUUGCACGAGUUAAUGAAUAAAAAUAUUUUAUUCGAAGACGAAAAAAGCCAAGUACCCGAGUUUAUUUAUUCAUGUGGAAAAAAACUGGGAAAUAAAAGGAAAAAUUUCAGAUUUCCAGAAGUAAAUAUAGAAAUAAAUGAGAAAGAUGAAAAAUGUCUGUUUAUGAAAAACGAAAUUUAUAUCAAAAAUAUAUUACCUGACCCACAGUUUUAUAUAUUUAAACCAAAUCAACUUGCACAGCAAACUUAUCAAUCUGUAGACAAUGGAAAAAAGAGUAAUGGAAAGAAAAACCGACUACAAUAUAAUGCUACCUGCUAUGUUUGUCGAUUAAAUCAAGAAAAUAAAACUAUUAAUUGUCUUCUUCCUGAAGGUACUAAAUUAAUAAAACCUAAAAAGAAAUUAGUAGCAUUAGUGGCUGAUGUCUUAUAUAACAGUCCUGAAGGCAUUCUUCCAGUGCAGCAAAUUUAUUCUGCCCUACAAAAGAGAUAUCCUUAUUUCCUGUUUAUGAAUAAAAAUGCAGUUAACAGCUGGAAGAGUUCUGUUAGACAUGCAAUAUUUCAAAAAUGGUUUUUUAAAAUGAAAAUAUGUAAUGGUGAUUAUAAACAAAAAUGUUCAUAUUGGGCUUUAAAUACUGCUUGCACACCAAAAGAAUGGAUUAUGCCAGGUAUUAAUCUAAGGGAAAGAGGUGCCUUAGCACAAUCAGAUAUUUUAACAGCUGUGAUAUUAAUAAAUUAUUUACAACAAUCCAAUUGUAUUUCACAAAAUAAAACUAUCAAUGACGACAAACUUACAGAUAUUAAUAUUAGCUUAGAUCAGAGUAAUCAAUCAUCAAAAAUGUUAGCAAUGCAAAAUAAAUAUCCAAAUAUAUCACCCAAACAAAAUUUACAUGUGCAUAAUGAAAAAGAAUAUGAUCCAGUUAUAUCAGGAAUAGGUUCUCAUAGAAUAAAAAAGAGUUUACAUUUUUCAAAUGAAGAUGACAAGGAAAACUACCCAGUUUAUUUGAACAUAGAACCACAGAUGAUAGUAGAAAAAAAAGAUGACAAAUUAUUUCAUCACAACAAUUUCAAAGUAGAAGAAGAGGAAAACAAUCAGUAUUAUACAUUUACUUCACUAAUGCAGAAUAAUCCACAUAAUAAUGAAAACUGCAAUCAUUUAGAAAUUUAUGAACUAUUUGAUUUUUGUAUGCACACAUAUGAAGACAAUCCUUCAAGUUCUAAUGAUUGAGAUAGAGAUGCAACACUACGAGCAGUUCUGGCCAGUUUCUGUGAAUAUUCAGCUAAUGCUCGAGCUUUCUCUUGAAAAGUUUCUUCUCUGUUUGGAGUUCCUGUAAUUAUUUUGUAUUAUUUUAUUCUUUCGUGUUACAACAAAAAAAUUAAAAAUAUUUUUCUCAAACGACAUAUAUAUGUAUUAAUUGUGUUA